AUGUCUCGUGAGAUUGAGCGGAACCAGGACGCGACAUGCUACGUCGGCAACUUGGAUGACCGCGUCACUGACGAGCUGAUGUGGGAGCUGAUGUACCAGGCCGGCCAUGUCGUCCAUGUGAAUAUGCCCAAAGACCGCGUGUCGCAGCUGCACCAGGGCUUUGCCUUUGCCGAAUUCCAUACCGAGACCGACGCACAGUACGCGUGUCUUAUUCUGAAUGGAAUCAAGCUCUUUGGCAAGCCAAUUCGUGUGAAUAUGGCGGCCGCCGAUACCAAAGAGCCGAUGGACAUCGGUGCGAACCUUUUCAUCGGCAACCUCGACUCGAGCGUUGACGAACGCACCCUGUAUGAUACCUUUAAUACCUUUGGCACGAUCCUCGGCACUCCCAAGAUCAUGCGCGACCCUGCGACGGGCGAAUCAAAGAACUAUGGAUUUGUGUCGUUCGACUCGUUUGAGGCGUCCGACGCUGCGAUCGAAGCCCUGAACAACCAGUACCUUGCCAACCGUCCGAUGACAGUCGACUAUGCCGAAAAGAAGGACGCGCGCCACGGCGAGAAGCACGGCACCGCCGCCGAGCGCCUCGUGGCGGCGCAAGCGCGCAAGAACCAAAUCCUUGGUACACUGCACGAAGCCAACGGCUCCUAUGCCACCCCGACGCCUGCAUGGAGCUCCGAGGUGUUUGCUGCCCCCCCCGGCCCCGGCGCGUCGCCUGCCCCGUAG